GGGGCUGGGCAGUUGGUGUGAAUAAGUUCUGUGUAUUGUGGUUUGAUCGUUACUGGGAUCGUUACUACUUUCUCUCCCACCUAAGUGAAAAUGGCACGGAAAUCUGCUGGAAAUAUACCCCUGAGCGCGAUGAGCCCCAAAUAUUUACAUACAAAUUGUACCAGUCACACCUGGGCUUUUGGGGCCUUUGCUGAGCUCAUCGACAAUGCCUACGACCCGGACGUCAAUGCCAAGCAUCUAUGGAUCGAUCGGACUCAAAUAAAGGACAAGGAAUGUCUGAUAAUCAUGGACGAUGGGGCUGGGCUGGACUAUAACAAAAUGCUCAAGAUGUUGAGUUUCGGCUACAGUGACAAGAAGACAAUUCGGGGUCAUGCCCCCGUGGGUCUCUAUGGAAACGGGUUCAAGUCAGGCUCCAUGCGUCUAGGGAAGGACGUCAUCGUCUUUUCCAAAACCCAGGACAUAAUGAGCGUGGGCCUCCUGUCCCAGACAUACCUGGCAGCCAUUCGGGCUGAGAAUAUUGAAGUGCCAAUUGUCACUAUCAAACAAGAUGGAGAAGACAAGAUCAGCAUUGAGCCAGGCGAUAGAGACAGCCUGGAAGCCAUUUUGAAACACUCCCUGUUUAAAACAGAGAAGGAGCUACUCCAGGAGCUGCAGGCCAUCAAUACCAUGCCCCCCAUGGGCUCCACGGGAACCAGGAUCAUCAUAUGGAAUCUGCGCAGCUCCAAAGAUGGGCAGACGGAGUUUGAUCUCAAAACGAAUCGGUACGACAUUCUGAUCCCACACGUGGACUCGGGUGAUGUUAACAAUCAUCAGAACACCAACAAGAACUCAGAACCAGAGAGCCGGUACUCAUUGCGUGCGUACUGCAGCAUUCUGUACCUGAAGCCCCGAAUGCAGAUCAUCAUCAGGGGACAGAAGGUCCAGGCUCAGCUUGUCUCCAAGAGUCUGGCCCACACCCGCAAGGACCGAUACACGCCAAAAUUUCUGAUGAAGCCUAUCCCCAUAACUUUUGGGUAUGGCACCAAAGACAGUGGGCAUUACGGCAUAAUGAUGUACAACAAAAAGCGACUGAUACGAGCGUACGAGCGAGUUGGCUGCCAGCGCAAGGGGAAUGGUGUGGGAAUUAUCGGCAUUAUAGAGUGCGACUUCCUCACACCAACGCACAACAAACAGGAUUUUGAUGACACAGAAGAGUACAGGAAAGUAAAACAUAAGCUGGGGGAGAAGCUGGAGGAAUAUUGGAAGCAAAUGCGCCAUACAAAAAAGAAAAAGAAUCCCAACUGCAACAUGGAAAUAGAGGACAUGGAGAAAUCUCCAGAUCAGAACUGGGCCCAGUGUGAGUCAUGCCAGAAAUGGAGGAAGCUGCCAGAUGGAAUAGAUGCCAGCAAGCUGCCUGAUAAGUGGUUCUGCUACUUGAACCCAGACCCCCAGUACAGGAACUGUGAAGCAGAAGAAGAGCUGAAGGACUCUGAGGAUGAGCAACCAUACAAAAAGACCUAUAAGCAGGAGGAGAAACAGCACCAGGAGAACAGACAGCAGAAUGCAGAAGGUUCCGUACCAUCACCGAGCACUUCGAGUACACAUUCAACACACAGUGGUACAACCUUGGAUCACAGUGGUACAACAGCAGGAGGCAAUGUGACCCACUUCACCCCUCCCACCUCCACUCCUCUCAAUAGUUCUGGCCCCAGGCCCUCUGCCCAAAGCACACCUCGCAGCUCUUCCACGUGGUCCACACCCACACACCCAAGGAGGCUGUCGUUGACCCCAGAGCUGGUAAAAAAAAGGGCCAGGGUGCAACUCAGUGAUGAAGCCCUCGCAGAGGAGUCCAUGGAAACCAACACCACAGCAACAGCCGCCUUCGCUCCAUCAGCGGUGCGUCAGCAGGUGUCUGUUGAGACCCAAACUGAAGGAGUGGCCAAGGUGAAGGAGGAGGAAGAGGAGGAGAGGACAUGGAGCUUGAGAGAGGAUGUGCCCAAGAGUUCAGAGCAGAUGCAGCUCCUGGAGAGAGAGGCCAGGGAGCUCAUGGAUUCCAGCGGGGGAAUGCACCCCCUCCUGGAUAUGCAGCAGGACGGGCUGUUGGAGCAGUGGGAGAUAGCCAGUAAGGAGAGAGACCAGUACAAGGAGCAGAUGGUGACAGCCAAUCAAGAGAGAGAACAGUACAAGGAGCAGAUGGAGACAGCCAAUCAGGAGAGAGACCGGUACAGGGACCAGGUGGAUACUGCUAAUCAAGAGAGAGACAAGUACAGGGAGCAGGUGGAGACUGCCAAUCAAGGGAAAGACCAGUACAUGGCACAGGUAGACGAGCUGAUGCAGGAGCUGCAGAAAAUGAGGACAAGCAGCGUGAAGCAGGAGCCAUGUGACCAGGCCCACGGGGGAGAACAUGACCUGGCCCUGCAGAUAGACUCCAUCCUUACAGAUCUGGACUGCUGCAAUGAGGAGAGGGACCAACUGAAGAGCAAGCUGGAGAGUUUGGAGGCAGAGAGAGGAGCUGUCUUUUCUCAGUGCGAGCAGCUGAAGAAAGAGCUGGAUGAUCUGAGGGAGGCUGGGAGCAGGGCCCUCAGCCCCAGCUGUGCAGAAAAGACUGGGAACAGUCCCAGCAGGCCUGGAUCAACAGAGGCUGAGAGGCUGAAGAACCUGCGACUCAGUGUGAGCCGUCUCCUGGUGAUCCUCAUACCAGAGCUGGACCUGGACCAGGUAAACUACGACAGUACUGUCAUCGAAGAGAUCCUGGAACAGUACAUAGAUGGUGUCAGUUAAUGUGAAGCCACAUAGAUGUGCCAAAGAGCCAACCCACAUUUUUUGAGAAGGAGCAGGUCCCUGUCACUCCAGCUCCUUACCACCACAGGGAGCUGGCCAGGAGUGACCACCGACAUCACACCUUUAAACAUUUUGAUUUAUUUUUUAAGUGCCUUUAUUUAUAAUGUUAAAUAUGUAACUUUAGUUUCAUACAUCCUGUGCUCUUUGUGUAUUGCAUUGUAUUGUACUGUGCCUUUUAUAAUUGUGGAAGAGCAUGUAAUCUCGAGUUUUGUUUUUAUUUGUUUUAUUUUUUGUGUGGCUUUUUCAGUGUUUUAUUUGGAUAGAACAAUGUAGAGAGACAGGAAGAAUUAGGUGAGAGAGAGGGAGAGAUGUGCGACAAAGGUCGGCGGUCGGAUUCGAACCAUUGAGCAUUUGGAUAGCACUCUACGGACUGCGCCACUAGAGGCCCCAUAAUCUACAGUUUUAACUGUUUAAUUUAACAAUUCUUUCUUAAUUUUAUCUUUUGAUUGGUUUUCUUUCUAUAAUUUGCAAAGCACUUUGGUUAACUGAAAGCAUUCCUCAGUUAUGCCUCCUUUUCUUUUCUUUUUUUAAAUUUGGCACCCAACGUUGGACUGAACAUGUCUAAUUCCCACCCUAAUUUAAAAUGUCCAGUUAUCUGCUACCGCAGCCACGUUCAUGCAUGAUCCCCACUGCAGAUUUGGGAGAGCGUAGACACAUGCAUGUUCUCUGAAACACGUGGUGUCACCAGCUGCUUCUUUUCACAUCACAGACUACAACUAAGUGUGCGUAGAGUGAAGUCGGAGGAAGACCUUUCAUAUGCGGCUUUGACGUGCAGUUCGUGGACACCUGAGCGACCAGCAGGGUUCACUAGAGAGCAAUUUAGCUAAAACCCCUGACUGACUGAACUUGUCUGAUCAUGUCCAGUUCCCACCAUGAUUUGAAAUGCGCUACUGUCUGCAGCCGCACUCAUUCAUGUUCUAUCCCAACUUCCAAAACAGGAGAGUAUAGACAAUUGCGGUUCUACUCCAAAUACAUGUUGUGUCACCACUUACUUUCACACCACAGACUACAGCUAAGCUCUUUUAAAGUGGAGUCAGAGGAAGACCAUUCAUAUGCGGCUUUAACAUGCAGUCUUCAGGCGCCCAGUCAACAGUGGGGGUCACUCGGUAGCGAUGAAAUGUGAUCCCCUAACUGACUUUACCCUCCCAUCAACUGGGCAUCGCCCUGUGGAGCUACUGGCCACAGUCAGCACUAGCAUAGUCUAGUGCUUAUUCCAGCGUUUCAGUAUCUCCUGAGUCCUGAAUGCUUACUGUGUGUUUGUCUUAUCAAAGUCUCUGUUGCUGGAUUUUUGACACAUCACUGGGGUAUGAUGGUAUCUGUUUGUUACCUGUUACAGAAUUAACUUCUUUGUUUAACCACUUAAAAUAAAUACUUUUAUUGAUCUCA